CGUGCGUGAUAACUUUCAACGCAGGCGCGUACGGCACUUUCAAAGUUUGAACGUUCGUACGUUGUGCAAUGAAUGGCCCCCUUUGCUACAUUAUUUGUCACAUUUCCUGAGUAAAAUAUCCUUGCUAGUGUGCACAGCAUGGCAGGUUUUGUUUCCGACUUGAAUUCCGGUACACUGCUGUGGUGUGUUGUAUCUCUCGUAUUCCUUACGUCAGUGGCGACGGAUACCUGUCCCGAUUCGUGUCGUUGUCAUGGCAACUCGCUGAAAUGUACCCCGGAUGUGAACGGGGGAACCCGACUCCUCAAAGUGCCGCCAGAUCUGCUGCGUUACAACAUGUUUCACAUCAAAUACGCGAACUUAUCUCGUAAUGAAUUGCAGCAGAUUGAGCCGGGAGAUUUCUAUGGCCUGCCGAGAGUUAUCAGAUUAGAUUUGCGGCACAACCGACUGAGGGCGCUGUUGCGGAACGGCUUCAGCGGACUGGAAGAUCUAACCAAACUUGAAUUAUCCUACAAUAUCAUCAGAUACAUCGAUCGCUUUGCAUUCGAAGGAUUACCGAAUGUACACAAAAUCGAUCUUUCAAACAACGAGAUUGCGUUUCUUGAAGAUGACUCCUUCAACACGAAAAACGGUUUGGGUUCCCUCCUCAGCUUGGACCUUUCUUUUAACAAAAUCCACGACCUGGACGGAAGGACAUUUCUUGGGCUUGAAUCGUUACGGGAAUUGUAUCUGAACCACAAUGCCAUGAGGUACAUCCGCACUGACGUAUUCACCCCAUUCGAAAAUCUCGAACUGAUAUACCUCGGCGGCAACUUCAUAAACUGCACCUGUGAUUGGCUGAAAGUUUUUGACAACUUGCAGUCACGUGAUAUCGAGAUAAUGGAUACAAGCGACGCUCUCAGGACGUGUACAGAUAACGCCCUAACAUGCGACACAGAACUCGAACCCGGCGACUACUCCGACGAAGACACCGACAUCCAGCGUGUCGCCACCAACCUCACCCUGGAGGACCUACGGCCGCCCGAGACGGACCGCCACGGUAACAUCGUCUCCGCGGACGGCAACUCUUUCCCACCGUGGAGCGUGGAAGGGGAGCGCGUGCUGAGCACGCACGACGCCGAGAUGAGACGGCGCAUCGGGGAGGUUGAGGACAGGGACCGACGGAGGGUGUUCACCGUGGUGUUUCAAGAGAGGAUGAGGGGGUUCCUGAAGAGGAUGAUGGACCGUGGAAAUUGGUUGACAACAACCGCAAGAGCAACGACUGGCGGCAACAGCGAAGAAUAUACAGUCGUCCAAAUUACGAAUAUCACUAAACACAGUGAAAACAAUGUCACCAACACCACACUUCACCCCUCUGACGCCAAAAUGGACAAAGUCGUCGCUGACGCGAGAAUCGUGAUUAAAGAUGUCCUACAACUCCUCUUCCCUCCCGGCGGCUUCUUCAACGCCUCCGAGAUUUCCCGAAAGGCGCCUAUCGGACCCUCGGGGAUACCCGACCCAGUCCGAGUCAUCCUCGGUCAGGUUGCCGAAGCUCGCCGAGCGGUGGCCGAGCUCAAACAGCGGAGAGCCGCACUGUCGACACCCAAACCGAGUGCACUCGCACCGACAACCAGUUCAAAAAGUGGACAUACUACAACCAGAAGUGUACACCCUCUGACGAUGGGGACUCGGUUGCCCCAAAGCGCCCUCUCCCGACCAGAAAUUGAGAUCCCGUUCUUCGCUGUGAUCGGGAUUUUUGUCUUCGUCUGUAUUGCUGCAGGGGCAAUCGCUAUGUUUUCGGGACUGUGCCGUGACAAAGCGCAAUGCUGUCAAUGCAGCUGCUUGUCUGCAAUCUCCGAGAAACUGACCAUGAGGAAACAGCAGAUCGAGCGUCAGAGCCGAAAGACUACAGCCGCCAAGAGUGACUUCAUUAAGAUGCACUGCCUAGCAAAACAUACGACUGAUUCAUCGGUGAAGUCAACAAGCCCGGACAAAAUGCCGACACAACUCGCAGCAGACGAACACGGUGUGGUGUCAGUCACUCCCCUGGUUCUCACCGACGAGUUUCCCGAUGAAUCCGGCACCACGCCGCCAAAAAGCCAGCCCGGCCAGCGGAAGACGUCCACUGGUCUGUUGGGUUACAUCAAAAAUCGUCUUUCAUCCACCAACAAAGAUGCCGCUUUAAAAGAGGCGCCAGAAACAUCACCACGCGACGAAAUCACCUUGUUUGAUAUCUCGGUGCAUGGCAGUACCAGCGAGCCACUCAAAUCGACGACUGGGACACGUGAUGCAAGGGAUGAACGCGACGGGUUACCAGUGCGAUCGACCGAUGCGCGCGCAGAAAAACCAAAACUCCCAGCCAAUCAGACGGCAGAAUCAAAGACUCCCGUUGGUGCCUCCUUUUUAGCUUGCGAUACCACCAAAGAAAAUGUGGAUGAGAAGCCUCUAGCAAGUGCAAUCGAGAGCGAUGAUAAAAUAGACGUAAAAGAGACCUCUUCCGAUCUUCGCUGGUACGCCAGAGAGUGUCUCUCUAACCAAAGGAUGAUGACGCAAGCAAGAACACAAUCCAUGACGUCAUCCAAUGGCCAAACGGUCAAGAAAGGAGACUCAGAGGAAGAUGGGAUAUGGUGAAAAUAGAACAAGACAUGUUCCAUAUUUUUCUUCAUACUUCAUGAAGAAAAAAUAGAUGUUGGCAACUCGUGACAUAUGAUACCGAGCAUUGCGACCAACUUGGAAUGAUACCAAGUCAACACCAAACAGCUGGUCGCCAGUUUUCACCGAGCACCGAGCCCAAGUUCAAAAUCCAUUUCUUGUCCCAAUUCAUGAAACAGUCGUAGCCUUUCGGAGCUUGCCACCAAUUUAAGGCAGGAUAAGAACACGGAAUUGAAUAUAGUAACUACAGAUGCAUUUGUAUUAUUUACAAACCUUGUUUGGUUUUCAUUAUUUCAGUUUUAUAAUUACUAAAUAUUUUGCGUGCUUGUUGAUGAAGUUUCCUGUGUACACUUGUGACAA